CUCACGUGGCAGCGACGGCGGUGGCGAGCGGCGUCAGAGCUUGAAGGGGGGGCUGACGGCUGCUGGCGGGUGGCGGUGUUGAAGGCGAGAGCUUGCUUAGCCCUUAUCGCUUCUGUCUCAGGACUUGGACAGAGAUUGAGGGAACGAGGGUCAUUUGCGUGGGGCUCUGUCUUCCGCGUGCGCGUGGUCGUCAGGAGCGCAGCCCGGACUCCGCUGUAAAUCCUCCGGCUCCUUUCCCGCACGCCUCGAGGUGGCGGCGGCGGCGGCGGCAACCAGAGAGCGUCUCACCUUCCCUCAGCCCUUCCCCUUGUCCCCCCCUCCCGAAAGGGCCCGGUCUGCGCCCCACCCCCGCCUGUCCACCCGCCCGCUACGCCGCCGCCAUGUCGGCGCAGGCCCAGAUGCGCGCGAUGCUGGACCAGUUGAUGGGCACCUCCCGGGACGGGCCCUGGUGGUGGCAACCGCCUGUGUGCCACUGAAAAUCGUGCCGAUGCCUGGCAUACUGCAUAAAUGGAAGCAGGGUACCGCGAAGUUCUGGAUGAUAGAAGACACCAGGUAUCCAGAGUACAAGUUUUACUGAAUCAGAAUUGCAGCUCUGCAAGAGAUACUACUCGUCAACGAAUCAAAUUCAGUGAUGACAGAGUAUGCAAGAGUCACCUUCUCAACUGUUGCCCCCAUGAUGUCCUCUCUGGGACUAGAAUGGAUCUUGGAGAAUGUCUGAAAGUCCAUGACCUGGCUUUAAGAGCGGAUUAUGAAAUUGCAUCCAAAGAACAAGAUUUCUUCUUUGAGCUUGAUGCUAUGGAUCAUCUGCAGUCAUUUAUUGCCGAUUGUGAUCGAAGAACAGAAGUGGCCAAGAAAAGAUUAGCAGAAACUCAAGAAGAGAUUAGUGCUGAAGUGGCAGCAAAGGCAGAACGUGUUCAUGAGUUAAAUGAAGAAAUCGGUAAAUUGUUGGCUAAGGUGGAACAACUAGGAGCUGAAGGAAAUGUGGAAGAAUCUCAAAAAGUAAUGGAUGAAGUAGAGAAAGCACGGGCAAAGAAAAGAGAAGCAGAGGAAGUGUAUCGGAAUUCUAUGCCAGCUUCCAGUUUCCAACAGCAGAAACUUCGAGUCUGUGAAGUCUGCUCUGCUUAUUUAGGUCUUCAUGAUAAUGACAGACGAUUGGCUGAUCAUUUUGGGGGUAAACUGCACCUGGGAUUUAUUGAAAUAAGAGAGAAGCUUGAAGAAUUAAAGAGAGUGGUAGCUGAGAAGCAGGAGAAAAGAAACCAGGAACGCCUGAAGCGAAGAGAAGAAAGGGAGAGAGAAGAAAGGGAAAAGUUGAGGAGGUCUCGAUCACAUAGCAAGAAUCCCAAAAGAUCCAGGUCCAGAGAGCAUCGCCGACAUCGAUCUCGCUCCAUGUCACGAGAACGAAAGAGGAGAACUCGGUCUAAAUCUCGGGAGAAGCGCCACCGCCACAGAUCUCGCUCUAGCAGCCGAAGUCGCAGCCGCAGCCACCAGAGAAGUGGGCACAGUUCUAGAGACAGAAGCAGAGAGCGAUCCAGGAGGAGAUCCUCAAAAGAAAGAUUCAGAGACCAAGACUUAGCAUCACGUGACAGAGACAGGAAUUCAAGAGACAGAUCACCUCGUGACAGAGAUCGAAAAGAUAAGAAGCGGUCCUAUGAGAGCGCUAAUGGCAGAUCAGAAGACAGGAGGAGCUCUGAAGAGCGCGAAGCAGGGGAGAUAUAAUUAGCUGUGUACAUAUCCUCAAUCCUUAAGCUUCCUAUGGAGUUACAUACUAUUGUUUAGUUUACAGCUGUUUGGGGUGACACAGGGAGCAGUUCCAGACACCGAUCCAGCUAGGCUAGAUAUACAGUAUCUAACUUGAUCUGAACUGAACUUGUUUUCCUGAUGAAGCCUAAACUACAACUAUAGUUUCUGGUGAACCUGUAAUGCAGUUCUGAAAAUACAGUUUUAUAAAAGACGCAGAGGUCUUUAUUCUUUCAAGUAGGAGUGAUAGUGAAUGAAUUGUGUAACUUGCCUUGGGAUUUUUUGAGCAUUUGUAAAAUGCUGUCUUCCUUUCUAGUACAAACUGCAGCCUUUGGAAUUUUUCUUUUUAAUUCUUCUUCCUCUGACUUUUGUAUCCCCUAAUACCUCCGACCCUCUAAUUAUAAGAGAAAGGGGGGUAGGGAAGCAAUAUAACUUCUAAGGUUCUGUUCCCAUUAAUUACUAGCUGAUUACAGUUCAGAGCAUUUAUACUGGAAUGUGUGCUGGAGAAAUUUAAAUAUUGGGAGUUUUUGUUUGUUUAUUUUAGAGUUGAAAGUUAAACAGCUGUUGCAUUACAUACUUUGCUUUUUUUGAAAUCAAACAAGUCUUGAUUUUUCUGUUGUAUUGAAUUGCUACAUUCGGGGUGUUUUUGAAAAGGGGGUGGGGGCAGGGACUUUUUCAUAAGCACUUGUUUUCUUUUGUGUGUGUGGAAUAUAAAGGCUACACCCUUAUUGUAACAAAUAAUAGUAAAGUGAAAGAAACAAUCACCACCACCAUCAUUAAACUGUAACCUGUCUUAGUAAAUUGUCACUAGAACUAUGCUGUGGGCAUACCUUCUAUUCUGUUAUAUCAUUAAUAGUGCCUUACUGUGCAAGGCACCAAAGGAAAUCAAAUUAUACUUUCGACGAUUCAAGAUGAACUGUUCCACCUGGGUCCUUGCCGACUAUAUUCCAGCUGCUUCAGGGCUGUCUGUAACAACUGCUAUCAAGACAGACUGGACCUGCAGAAGAAAUUGGGGUUUUCAUUUGUUUUUGUUUUGUAUUUCUUCUCAUUCAGCAAACUGAAAUAAAAACAUGGUAUAACUAA